AUGGAUUGGAUUGGACUGGUAUUCCGUGGUACAGAUGCAUCUGCAGGAGAGCAAGUCGGGCAGCAAAGAUCCAUGCAGGUCUUGGGUCGAGACGAGCUCUUUGAGUGGCUGAUCGAGCUGUGUGAGCUGGACAAUGGCGACCAUUUUACUGAAGAAAUGAACAAGUCCAAGAUUGCCGGUCUUCCUGUCCGAGAAGAGAGAGAGACAACGCAGCACUUUUGCGUGGCAGCAACGUCCGUCUCUUGUGGAAUCGCCGGAUUCAUUUUUUUCGUCUUCUCUUCUGUCAUCGUCCCGUCAGCUUCUGCUUCCUGCACGGAGUAUCCUUAUUUCUCGAUCACUCUCGUUUCGCAUUGUCCAUCUAGUCGUAUUGACUAUUAUCUGGUUCUGUUGAAACCGACGAUCUCUUUUGACUUCAUCAUUCUUUUUCUCUAUUUUAGAUCGUCGACCAGUCGACGGACACGCCCCACCGUUUGUUUCCUAUCCACAUAA